CUUCCGGGGAAGCGGACGUCAUGGCGGCGCCGGCUGCCUAGAGACAGCGCAGGGCCUGCCUGGGGGCUGCCAGCGCCGUUCGGGCUCAGUCAGCCGCAUAAUUCUCAUCCUGAUCCUAACCCGUUACCUGCAGCCCUACAACGCGGCAUAAAUCCUUCCUGAGGGCGAACCUUGCCCGGGGCGCGGCAUUUCGGGUGUGGAAACCCGGCCCUGGGGCGGCCCCCAUGGGCCGGGCCCCGUCUGCCAGCAGGGCUGGGCCAGGCCAAAGGGAAGUAGAAAAGAAAAAGUUAAAAAUAGUCAUUUCCGCGUCCUCCUGCCCCACAGCCGGGUGUUGUGCCCCGCGGUGAGGUCCUCUGCUCCAGGUCUACCACCUACACUGAGCCUCAUCGAGCUGUUCUGCUCCACAGCACGUUCCAGCAAGGUCUCCUGCUCCACUGUGAGGAAGUCUUCUUCCCCAUGGAGGACCCUGUGAUCCGCAUACCCCCCUACCACUACAUCCACGUGCUGGACCUCAACAGCAACGUCACUCGUGUGGAGGUUGGACCUCACUCCUACAUCCGGCAGGACCAUGAGAGGGUGGUCUUUUCCCCCAAGCGCAUGGUGAUAGUUCCCCCCCGGCACUACUGCGUGGUGCUCAAUCCUGUGGCGCGGGGCCCAACGGGAGCUGUGCUGUUCGAUGGUGCGGGGCAGGCCCAGCUGCGGCAUGCUGACCUUGAUGUCCGCCUCACCCAGGAGCCCUUUCCCCUGUACCCCGGUGAGGAGCUCCAGCAGGGUGUCACCCCGCUGCAGGUGGUGCUGGCUGAUACUGCCCUGCGCCUUCGAGCCUUGCUUGACUUUGAGGAUGAGGAUGGGAACAAGUUUGUGGCAGGCGAUGAGUGGCUCUUCGAGGGUCCUGGCACCUACAUCCCCCACAAGGAGGUAGAGGUGGUUGAGACAUUGCAGGCCACCGUCAUCAGGCACAACCAGGCCAUCCGCCUGAGGGCACGCAAGGAGUGCCUCGACUGUCAGGGCACGCGGCGUGUCACAGGUGAGGAGUGGCUGGUGAAGCGGGUGGGUGCCUACCUGCCAGGGGUCUACGAGGAGGUGGUCGAUGUCGUGGAUGCCUAUGUCCUCACUGACAAGAAAGCCCUCCACCUGCGAGCUACCCGGACCUUUGAGGAUGCGCAGGGACAUGUGCGCCGCACAGGAGAGGAGUGGCUGGUGACACAGGAGCAGAGUGAGGCCUACGUCCCUGAUGUCUUCGAGGAGGUGGUGGCUGAGGUGCUGGUGACAACUUUGGGUCCUCGACAGUACUGCGUGGUGCUCGACCCUGUGGGACCCAACGGGCAGCCCCAGCUGGGACAGAAGCGUGUGAUCAAGGGGGAGAAAUCCUUCUUCCUGCAGCCGGGUGAGCGGCUCCAGGCUGGCAUCGAGGAUGUCUAUGUGCUCUCUGAGGAUGAGGGGCUACUUCUUCAGGCUCUGCAGACAAUCAAGGACACUGACGAGGAUGGGACGGAGGUGAUACGGCGUGCAGGGGACCGCUGGUUGGCCCGGGGUCCUCUCGAGUACGUGCCACCAGCUGAGGUGACUGUGCUGGAGCGACGCCGUGCGCUGGCCCUGGCUGAGAACGAGGGCAUUUAUGUGCGGGACAUCCGCACCGGCAAGGUGCGGGUGGUGACGGGGCAGACCUACAUGCUGACAGAGGCCGAGGAGCUGUGGGAGAAGGAGCUGCCCCAAGGGGUUGAGACUCUGUUGGCUGAGGCUCGUGGGGACACAGCUGGUCAAGAUUUGGGCAUCCAGUCAUCCUCAGGCCCCAGUUUUGGGGUCCAGGAACGGGACCGGACCCGUGCUGUCACAUAUCAGGUGCCCCAUAAUGCUGCUGUGCAGGUCUAUGACUACCGGGAGCGGCGAGCACGAGUGGUACUGGGCCCCGAGCUGGUGGUGCUGGGCCCUGGUGAGCAGCUGACAGUGCUGUCCCUAUCUGGAGGCCGCCCCAAAAGGCCCCACGCGCGCCGCAGCCUCUGCCUGCGCCUCGGCCCUGACUUCUGUGCUGACAUUGUCACCAUUGAGACAGCUGACCAUGCACGGCUGCAGCUGCAGCUGGCCUACAACUGGCACUUUGAGGUGCCUGAGGAUUCAAAGGCUCUGGGGCGUCUCUUCAGUGUUCCUGACUUUGUGGGGGAUGCCUGCAAGGCCCUGGCCUCCCGUGUGCGUGGAGCUGUCGCUGCUGUCACAUUUGAUGACUUCCACAAGAAUUCCAAUCGCCUCAUCUGCUCAGCUGUCUUUGGCUUUGACGAGGGUGGACGACUGCGGGAGCACCUGCGCUUUGUCCCCAAUGGGCUGGUGGUGACGAGCGUCGACAUCCAGAGUGUGGAACCUGUGGACCAACGCACACGCGACGCACUGCAGCGCAGCGUCCAGCUGGCCAUCGAGAUUGCCACCAACUCCCAGGAGGCUGCCGCCAGGCAUGAAGCUGAGCGCCUGGCACAGGAGGCCCGGGGCCGCCUGGAGCGCCAGCGGCUGUUGGACCAGGCGGAGGCAGAGCGGGCACGCAGGGAGCUGCUGGAGCUGGAGGCCCUCAGCGCUGCAGUGGAGAGCGCAGGCGCAGCGCGGGCGGAGGCCCAGGCCAGGGCAGAGGCUGCACGCAUUGAGGCCGAGGCCGCCAUCUUGCAGGCCAAGCUGAAGGCAGAGGCUGUCGCCAUAGAGACGGAGGCAGAGCUGGCGCGGCUGGAGCAGAUGCAGGCCCAGGAGGUGCGGGCGCAGCGGGCGCGGGCGGAGGCGGAGGCGGCGCGGGCACAGGCGCUGGCGGCCGUGGAGUCCUCAAAGGUGCGGGAGGUGGCAGCAGCCCUGGGGCCUGAGACCAUCCGGGACAUCGCCCGUGCUGGGCCUGAGCUGCAGGUGAAGCUGCUGCAGGGCCUCGGACUGCAGUCUGCCCUCAUCACCGAUGGAGCUGCCCCCCUGAACCUCUUCAGCACCGCCCGAGGGCUGCUGGGGCUCGCGGUUCCUCCGGAGCCCUCAGCCUCGUAGGGCUCAGCACUAACAGAAGGCAGAAAUCCCAGGAUGCUGAGCACUCAAAGCUUCCUUUAUUUUUAUUUUUUUUUCCAAAAUAAAGCAGAGUGAUAGCAGUAGUGAUGUCAUAAUGAUGGUGAAACUGGGGUGGAGAUGUCAAAGUGUCUGAAGUAGUAUCACCAAAGUUGGAAAAGACCUCCAAGAUCAACCAGUCCAACCAUCCAUCUACCGCCAACCAGACAAAUUCUGGUUGAUUUUCCUCCCUUUUUUAUAACAAAGCCCUACUCCUCUCUCUUUGCAAAUGACACCAGUUUGGAGCAGAAGCACCAAGCCUGGGGUGGAGGUGUCUACAGGCUAUGUUGUUUCAAUGGAUUGGGUUAUCAAUAGAUUGGUGUCUUCAAGGUAGGGGGAUCUCCACGGUGUUGGAUUUCCUUGGGCUUAUGAGGUCUCCAAUGCAAUAAGGUCUCCAUGGGCUGGAGGCCAUGUCCCUUAGUGCCAAAUAUGUAUGUUUCUUGAAAGCCUCCAGGGACAGUGACUCAGCCACCUCCCUGGGCAGCCCGUUUCAGCACAUGACCGCACUUGUAGAAGAAAUCUUUGCUAAUAUCCUACCCCCAGACAGAUUGACAGUUCCUACCAGCUUGGUGUCAUCUGCAGACUUAAGUAAGUGCGUUCGAUCCCCUCGUCCAGGUCAUCUAAAAAGAUACCGAACAGGACAGGCCCCAUUACCAACCCCUGUUCAACACCACUCAUGACCAUUCACCAGCUGGGUGUAACUCCAUUCACCACUACUCUCUGGGCCUGGCCAUCCAUCCAGUUCUUCACCCAGCAAAGAGUGUAUCUGCCCAAGCCAUGGGCUGACAACUUCUCCAGGAGAAUAUUGUGGGAGACAGUGUCAAAGGCUUUGCCCUGGGAACAGUGAGGUCACAGCAAGUGGGGCCCUAGAGGCUGUGGGGCUGAGGGAUGGAGACUGGGAGCCCCUUUCCCUACCUCAGGGUAAAUGUGUUAACUCAAGUUUUAUUGAUAUUUUCGAUGUAUUUUCAAGCAGAAAUGAGAAAAAGCAAAUUGCAAACAGUUAUGGCAAAAUACUGAGGACAUGGUUAAAAAUGAAGUAACCAGUGAAUGUGUUCCGGAAGGAAAAUAAGGCUGUGAGCAGGGAAUAGGAACAUUUCUGAGCAAAUCACAGUAAUUUAAUGAAAAACAUUAAAAAUAUGGUUAGAACAAACUAGAGAAUGAAUAUGUUUAGGGAAGAAGAUAGUAGUGUUACUAGGAACAGCAGAAUUUCUGAUAAAAUUGCAGUACUGGAGACAUAGUUAGAAAACUAGACCUGUGAAUAUAUAGUGGAAGAAAAAUAAGGGUGUGAGAAAGGAAUGAAGAUUCCUGAGUAAAGUGUGGUAACAUAAGGAAAUAAUAAGCAAUACAAUUGAAAACUAAACCUGUGAGCAAGAUUCCAGUCAUAAGCCCAGGCUUGGUGCUUCUGCUCCAAACUGGUGUCAUUUGCAAAGAGGGAGGAGUAGGGCUUUGUUAUAAAACAGGAAGGAAAAUCUACCAGAAUUUGUCUGGUGAUGACAUUAGGAUCACACACCCUGUGCCAAUCUCAGCUGUACAAAUUCCUGUUUAUAAGCUACACAGCACUAUACAUCAGUUACAUAUGAUAAAGAAUAGUAAUUAUAAUCUACAGUAAAAGAGAUUUGCAUGUGUGUAUAAAGACACACACAGGCACACAUGCAUAAAAGCAACAGUCCUUUUACUCUGCUCUUUCAUCUCAGUGUGCACCAAGAAUUGGAAAAAUCCAAAGGUAAUGUUGUAAAAUUUCAGCAAAAAUUGUAGCCAAGCAUUUUGGGGAAACGAAGCAAAAAAAAAAACAACCCUCUUUUGCCUGUUAGCUUCAUGGUUUUGGGUGAUAUUUUGCUUUAGGAAGUGCCGGGGCUUAAACCUGAAUUUCUGCCCGUUUGUUUUUCUUGGGAUUGUUGCCUUCUGCGGUUGUUUCUUUUAUAAACAGCCUUCUGAAAUAGAUUCUGCUUGGGACAUGUCGGCCGCUUGGAACGAUUCCACAUGUUAAGCAUGGGUGUGGGUUGGAAAAUACCUUGCUUUACAGAUACAAAUCUGGGAAUCCAUCCUCUCUGUGAUAAAUCAGAACCAUCAAACCAUGGAAGCCCAGAAUCACCAUGGGAUCAGAGAACCUAUCAUCAGGGAAUCUACACAGAGCCAGACAAUCUAGAAGUAUUGAAUCAUCAUGGAGAUAUUAUGAAAUCUGCACUCAUUGAAUCUAGAACAUACAGUCAUAGAAGCAUCGGCUCAUCAUAAAAUACCAGUCUGGAAUAAUAGAACCAUCAUAGAACGUAGAAACAAUUAAUUAAUUUAAUUAAUUUAAUUAACCCCAUAAACUACUCUCCCAUAAAACUCACCGAAUCCUCACAGAAUCUGACAUAGGCCCACAAGGCAUUAAGGACUUCAGCCUGUGUUUCCACCCCUCCAUCCCAUGAAGGCUGGGGAUUCUCCUUUAUCCUCCCUUAGCUUCUACUGCACUUAGAGCAGCAUUUUUUAAGUGCCUUCAACAGCGGUAGCCAGAUGGAACUCCAGCUGCACUUUGCCCUUCUAAUUUUCCCUCUGAUAUCUUUGCAGUCCUCAUAGUUUUGUCCUGGGCAGAAACCAAUCAGACUAACAGGAGUUGGUGGGCACAAGCAUUAUUUUGUUUUCUCAGUCCCACAGAGGGAAAUUUGGCAUGGAGCAAGCUCAUAACCGAUGGUGUUGAACAGCAUCACCCAGCGCUCCUUAUGGAAUGGGUUAUGUAGAAAACCAAAGCACUGCUGCCAGGUACAAGUGCUGAGAGGUUUUCUUCAGAAGAUGGAUUUUAAUAUUUUUAAUACUUUUUAAAUAUUUUUAAGACCUUUCCAAAAGAAAUCCAACGCUGCUGUGCCCUUCACAAAACCUCCUUUUCCAUGACUCAGGAAAAAAAAGUGUUCAUAUAAAAUACACAAGCAAAAAGGAAUUCCAGGGAGCCUGACCUCAUAGAGUUGCAUGUGUGAACCUCAGCGCAGGUCUCCCCAUCUGUGGAAGCAUUCAGGGCCAGGCUGGAUGAGGCCCUGGAUGGCCUGAUCUGAUGGGAGGUGCCCCUGUCCAGGGCAGAAAACUGGGACUGGAUGAUCUGUCAGGCCUCUUCCAAUCUCAGCCGUUCUAUGAUUCCAUGACUUGAUGAUUCUACAAUGAUUCUCUGAUUCACUGAUUCUAUGCUUCUGCUAUUCAAUGAUUCUAUGAUAAUUCUGAUUCUAAAUUCUCUGAUUCUGAGAAUUCUCUGUUUCUGAGCUUCUUUUAUUCAAUUAUUAUGAUUCUAGAGCAUAUAAUUAGCUGAUUGCAUGAUUCUGGAUUCUCUGAUUCUUUGACUCUAUGCUUCUGCAUUUUGAUGGUUUGAUGAUGCCCUGGUGGUUCUCUCAUUCUCUGAUUCCAUGCCAGAGCAUAUAGCUGUACAUGGAAGCAGCCACUCACAUGUAACCCCACUUCUCCUCCAUUACAUCACCCAGAUUUGAGGACAUCCAUUUCAGCCACUUUUCUGUGGCCAGCGGGAUUCUUCCCAUCAGCAUUAUCACCAUUCGGGUGUUGGCUCACCAGAGGUAUGCAAUCUUUCAGUGUGCAAUUUGAAAGUGAAAUCAAAACUGAAGUAUUGGCUGCAACAUCCAGGUAACAUCUUAGGCAUGCUCUAAGUGGGGAUCAGAUCAGAGCUGAUGCAAAGCCCAUGGUUUCUUGGUGGCCAGCAACUCCUUCUUCCACUGCAUCCUCCAACUUGUGAUCUUCUAGGUAGAGUCUGACUCUAUGUUACAAUUCCUGCAUUUCAUACUGAUUAACAGUGGAUCUGCUAAGGGUCCCAGUGACUGAAAAAUGGGGUGAAGUAAGGAUUCUAGAUAAUAAGAAAGCUACACUAAUUGCUAGAUGUUCUGUGGAGCAGUUAGCGACGCUAAGUACUAGAAAAGUAGGCAAUGAUAAGCAAUUCUACUUGCUAAAAUGUUUAUGUAAUUCUGAAACUUGUAACCAGAAUGCUGGAGUCUGUCUUCGUCCUGCCAAACAUCGUCAAGUGGGAUGAGCAGUGGCAGAUAUCAAUCCAAAAGCCCUGUAAGUCCUUGAGGGUGUGCACAGCUGUGUGUGAGUGGCUGUGACAGAAACAUCUAGGAUAACCAAGAGGAAUGAAAGAGGCAAGUAAUUGAUUCCAUAUUGAUGAUUAAACAACUACUGCUGCA